UUUAUUUAGCAGAUUAUGCUUUAAAAUAAUUCAUAUGGACAGUGCAAUGGGGCUUGCUUGAUGACAAGACUUAGUGCCUUAUGUAUCUAGAUUAUAUACAUUAUGUCUACUAAGAAGGCCAGGUAGAUCAUACAGCUACUUGAAGAAAUUUUCUGCCAUUUCAAAAGCCAGGCCUGAGCAGCUAUGGGAAUUAUUGUAGAGGAUCGAGAGACGGUAGGUGCCCCAGAUGGUGGCUGGGGCUGGAUCGUUCUGCUUGGAUGUUUUGUCAUCACUGGCUUCUCAUAUGCCUUCCCGAAAGCUAUAAGUGUGUAUUUCAAAGAACUGAUGACGGAGUUUGACUGUGGAUACAGUGACACAGCCUGGAUUUCAUCUAUAAUAUUAGCAAUGCUGUAUGGUUCAGGUCCAAUCUCCAGCAUCAUGGUUAAUAAAUUUGGAUGCCGGCCAGUGAUGUUGGUUGGAGGAUUGCUGGCCUCAGGAGGGAUGAUAAUUGCAUCUUUCUCUACUAACAUUAUCCAGCUUUAUCUCACUGCAGGUGUCAUUACAGGUCUUGGACUGGCUUUAAACUUCCAACCAUCACUGAUUAUGCUGGGGUCUUAUUUUGACAAACGCAGACCACUUGCCAAUGGACUGGCAGCAGCUGGAAGCCCUGUAUUUCUGUCAGCUCUUUCUCCAUUAGGACAACUGCUGCUCAACCACUAUGGAUGGAAAGGAGGCUUUCUCAUCACUGGUGGUCUUCUGCUCAAUUGUUGCGCCUGUGGAGCAAUUAUGAGACCCCUGAAAUGCAAAGAAAGGAAAGCGAUAGCCUGUUCCCAAGAGCUCAAGAAAAUGCUGCCUCCUGAGGCUGGACAAGAGAAUAUAGUUUGUGAAAACAAUAAUGAUAAAAAGCCCAGUAAAAAGAAGCUUUUGGACUUCAGUGUUCUUGCUGACUUAGGGCUUAUUAUCUAUAUUAUUGCAAAAUUUAUAGUUGUCCUCGGCCUAUUUGUUCCAACUAUUCUACUAGUCAACUACGCUAAGGACCAAGGAGUGCCUGACCAGGAUGCUGCCUUUUUGUUGUCUAUUAUAGGAUUUAUUGACAUCUUUGCUCGUCCCACGUGUGGCAUAGUGGCCGGUUUAAAAUGGAUCCGACCCAAGAUGUCUUAUUUCUUCAGCCUUGCCUUGCUCUUCAAUGGCCUAACAGAUGUUUGUUCAGCUACAAACACAGACUAUAAGGGGCUAGUUAUCUUCUGUGUGUUCUUCGGGCUGUCUUAUGGCAUGGUGGGUGCUCUGCAGUUUGAAGUGCUAAUGGGUAUUGUGGGAAAAAGCGGGUUUUCCAGUGCACUUGGCCUAGUGCUUCUUAUUGAGGCAGUGGCUGUGCUGAUUGGACCUCCCUCUGCUGGUUAUUUGGUGGAUAGGUACAAGAACUAUGAACUGAUUUUUUACAUGGCUGGAGGAGAGCUGAUCACUGCUGGAAUAUUUCUUGCCCUUGCAUCAUUCAUCUUUAUUAGCCGAAAGAAACACAAAGACACUCAGCAGAAACAUCAUGGUGAUGUGGCAAUCAAUCCUAAAAGAUAAACAGAGGAGAAAGCUGAAAUUUGGGACAUUUAUGUUCAAUUACUCAUAUUUUGUUUACUUAUGUGUAUUAUGAAUAUUAGUGUCUUAUAUUGAGUGAGGUUUUAGAUUUUCCUACUUUCUAACUCUUGCAUAUAAAUUACACAAAAUAAUUGCACAAUCAGCAAAACCACUUUUGAACACGUGGGUCAAUGAGAAAUAAGGAUGUCUGAGACAAUAAAAAGGAUUUUGAGUGCCAUGUUCUUAGAAAUGUUAUUUUAUAUUUAUGUUGGUUUUAUGUGCUG